AACGCGACACGCAAACAUCAGUUUGAAACCAAAAAUUGAAAUCAUGUCGAAAGUGAAGAAUCUAAUUGCCAAAAUGUUGCAGCGCCGCAGCAAGAGCAACAGCAGCGGCAGCAUUGACAGCCACAACAAUAACAAUAACUAUUGCGAGGAAAUAGCCCAGAAUCUGGCUAACGAACGCAUGUUGCAAGAGACAACGAUGGCCGCACAGCAAUUGUUGUUCUGCCUGGAAACCGCAGACGGCUCUUUUUAUUGGCAUGCACAGUAGCAACAUCAACAACAACAGCAGCAGCAGCAGCAUCAGCCGCAGUAACAACAACAACAACCGGUAGUUAGAAGCGGUCAAAUGAAUGAAUGAAAACAGUUCUUCAAUGGAGCCAUCCAUCGAGCCAGACAGUCAUCAUCUCAUCUCAACAUGCGAAACGAGUUGCAUGCAACAAAUGAGAAACAAGUUGCCAAUGCAGGCAACAACAGCAACAGCAACAAGUAGCUGCAGCCAAUGCCAAUGACAAGGUGUUAAUUAAAUAUUUAAUUCCAACUAAUGCCUAGCUUAAAUACCUUGUGAUAUACUUGUAUCGAUUAAUGUCUAGUUCAUAGUGCCAUUAGCAUAAAUGUUGUUAGUUUAUAAGCCUCUUCACAAAAUAUGAAUAAUAAUAAUAAUGCCUUGC